AUAAGAUAUCCAUUUUGACAACUUACAAUGGACAAAAGCUUCUAAUUCGUGAUGUUAUUAAUAGACGAUGUGUGCCAUAUGACUUCAUUGGUCCUCCUUGUAAGGUUACUACAGUUGAUAAAUUUCAAGGUCAGCAGAAUGAUUUUAUACUGCUGUCACUUGUGCGUACUCGGUUUGUUGGUCACCUUCGUGAUGUUAGGAGAUUGGUUGUUGCCAUGUCUCGUGCUCGACUUGGUCUGUAUGUGUUUUGUCGGCGCUCUUUGUUUGAGCAAUGCUAUGAGCUUCAGCCUACGUUUCAACUUCUCCUUCAGAGGCCCGAUCGCCUUGCUCUGAAUUUAACCGAGGUUGCGUCAUACACAGAACGUCCUGUGGAAGACACUGGUCUCAUUCAUCUUGUCAGUGGUGUUGAUGAGAUGAUGAGCAUCUACCAGGAGCUCUAUGAGGCAAAGCGCCUUCAAGAAUAAUUUGCUUCACCGUGCUCGGUAGGAGUUGUUUGUUUGUCCACAACUGUUCUUAUUCAAGGGCGGGGUUCGACGUUUCAGAGAGUUGAGAGCAAUUGAGAGGAAGCCAUUCAAAGUAGCAAA